CGACCGACAACCGUUCCUCAAGACGGAAGAUACUGCAGCAUGGCUCGCGCAAAGCACGCGCAGAGCGCGUACGAUGGAUUGGAAUCGUAUUUCGAUACAGACGAGAGAUGAUCACUGAAUGGCUUCCAUUACUUCCCACGAUCUGAUUCAGUUUUAAUCUGUGCCCUCCCUUGUAAUAUAUUUUUACAAUUUCGCAGAACUCCCUGUCAUCAUAACCAAGCUGCUGCUGUCCCCUAAACGAUCCUCAUGGAUAAUUACCGUUGCAUACGGUUCCCGCCGCUGAUACUUUUCCUACUACUAACAGCGAAUGUCACGGUCUCGUCAAGAGUGGCCAAUACUGAGGAAUCGCAAACGCGCCAAGCUCUAGUCAAACCUUCCACUUCUCCGCCAGGCGGCCUGGCGGAUCCGCGCAGAAGCGGAGGCGAAUGCGCCAAUAGCAGUCUCGGGGACGUGCUAUCGAUGCAUGGCUGCUCGGGGUUCAAAAGCAUGUUGGCGCAUGCCGGAAUGCUCGAAACCGUUGUUAAGACCCUCACAGCGAAAUCUAGUGAAGGGGCUACAGUGUUCGCGCCAACCGACCUCUCCCUUCUGCUCCUCUCCCCGGUCCUCCUCGCGAGCCUCCAGGCCCCGGGAAACGCGCGAAAGCUUCGCGAAAUACUGCGUUACCACUUCGUUCCCGAGGAGAUCAGUGUGUUUCGCUGGUCGGGCUCUAGACGGUCUCUCCAGGGCUCCCGCGUCGUCUUGAGCAGCGACAAUCACCCGCAGUUGACAGUAGACGGCGUGACUGUGAAGAAGGUCAUUAUAACUGAAUGCGGAUUCACCGUAUACUCCCUCCGCGGGCUGCUCGUACCGCCGGACAUGCAGAUACCGGAAAUCGGAGAAGCUAGUAGCGGGUUGCAAGUGCAGCUGGGCGAGGGGAGCGAGUUGCGGCGACUCGACCUUGAGACCCCGAAGCAGUCUUACGGUUUCGCCGCCGCCCCUGCCAGUGGCUCUCAACCGUCGCCAGUGCAGCCUCCCCCUCCACAGUCUCCCCUUCCCCCUCAGUCCUCCUCCCUCUCCACAGGAGCCAUCAUUGGCAUAGCAGUGGGGGGAGUGGCAGCACUGGGCAGUGCGAUCGCCCUCGUCGUGCUCCUCUUUUUCACACGCAGACGGGGCCCACAAGGUAGGGACGAACCCCCCACAGACCCUACUGCAGCAGCAGCAGCAGCGGCAGCAGCAGCGGCAGCAGCAGCAGGCUCUGGUUGCGGGUCAGGAGCAGGCGGUGGCAUUCCCAUCGCACCUGGCGGCGGCUCACACGGCAACCCGCUGCUGUGCCAGCAGUACCCCAUUGCUGUGAUCAAGCAAGCCACGGAUGAUUUCUCGGAAGCGAGGAAGAUUGGGAGCGGCGGGUACGCUGACGUGUACCGAGCCGUGGACCCCAGGGACCCGUCGGUGGUAUGGGCGGUGAAACGAUCGAAAGUGCUGACCAAUGACUUCAAGCGAGAGAUCCACGAGAUGGCGUCGAAGCACCACCCGAACCUGGUGCGGCUGCUGGGGUUCUGUCUGGACAUGGAUGUGGUGAACGAGCGCACGGAGCAGAUCCUUAUCUACGAGUACAUGGUCAACGGGGACCUCGAGAAGUGGGUCGGGCCAGAGGCGCCCAAGUGCCUGACGCUGUCGCAGCGCUUCAACAUCCUGAUCGGGGCGGCGCACGGGUUGGAGUACCUGCACAGCUUUGGCAUCGUGCAUCGCGACAUCAAGCUGGCCAACAUCCUGCUGGACCGCCACAUGCACGCCAAGGUCGCGGACUUCGGCCUCGUGCGCAUGGGCGAGGGCACCUCUGUGUAUACCACUAGAAUUCUUGGGACUCCGGGCUAUGUGGACCCGGCGUAUUCUCGCACGCGGAAAGCUACAACGGCUACUGACGUGUACAGUUUGGCAUCGUGAUACUAGAGGUCAUCACGGGGAAACGGGCGAUUAUCAACUACAGCAGCAAUCAGCUCAGCAUCAGAGACUGGGCCGAGCAAAUGGUGGCCAACAACACCCCAACCGCUCUCAAAGACCCCAAGCUAGACGCACCAAUCUCAAACGACCUCAUCCUUCGCUUAACCCACCUGGCAAUCAGCUGCACGUUGAUGCCCACGGCCGAUCGGCCCAACAUGAGCGGCAUACACAGCGAGCUCACUGCCAUCAGGGAUGCAUGCUUUGGGGCCGAGGAGAACCGGGCGGCCCACCAGGUAGAUGUGGAGCUGCUGGGCGUGCAGGCGGCGCAGACAGUGCAGAUCGAUGAGCAGAUUGCAAGAAUAGACAUGAUAGGAUCAUCACAACAGCCAGGCUUGGAGUCGCUAUAGUGUCGUGCGAUGUGUGCGCGUGUGGUUUGGUGCGGAGGAGAACCGGGCGGCCCACCAGGUGGAUGUGGAGCUGCUGGGCGUGCAGUCAGCGCAGGCGAUCGGGAUCGAUGACCAGAUAGCAAGAAUAGACAUGAUCCGGUCGUCACAACACCUGGGCGCGGAGUCGCUAUCGUGACUGAGGGGUGUGCGCAGUGGAGUGGAGGAGAGGAGACCUGGGUGGCGCACCAGGUGGAUGUGGAGCUGCUGGGCGUGCAGUCGGCGCAGGUAGUGGGGAUCGACGAACAGAUCGCAAGGAUAGACAUGCGCGGCUCACAACAGCCGGGGACUUCAAUAUAGUCGGGGGUAACAGAGCAGCCAACCAGGUGGAUGUGGAGCUGCUGGGCGUGCAGUCAGCGCAGGCGAUGGAGAUCAACGAGCAGAUUGCAAGAAUAGACACGCUCGGGUCGCAAGAGCCGGGGUCUUCAAUGUAGUCAGGGAUAACAGAGCGGCCCACCAAGUGGAUGUGGAGCUCUUGGGCGUGCGGUCAGCGCAGGCGAUGGCGAUAGACGAGCAGAUUGCACAAAUAGACAUGCUCGGCUCAUCGCAACAUCCAGGCUUGGGGUCACUAUAGUGCUUGUGCAGGCGUGUGCUCUGGAGUGGGAGUGGAGGAGAGCCGUGGUUCACAAGGUGUACGUGGAGCCGCUGGGCGUGCAUCCGAUUUUUUAGGUGCCUCAAAAAUUGAUUGUGUGCGUGUGUGUAUUCUGGAGUGGAGGAAACCCGCGUGGUUCUCAAGGUGGGUGUGGAGCUGCUGGGCGUGCAGCCGGCACAAGCAAUGGCAAUCGCCGAGCAGAUCGCAAGGAUAGACAUCAUCGGGGUGGUCACAACAGCCAGGCCCUUCAAUGCAAUUUUGUUGUUGGGCUUAUCUGCUCCUGUGUGCGGUGUAUUUGUGAGUUGUCCACCAUAUAUAUCAUGUGUUGCUUAUCUUAUUC